AUCAGGGUCUGUUUGUGUUUACAUGCGGCACUUCUAAGGACCGCGUUAAUUUUAACGAAAUCGACUAAUUUGCGGCGCUUUGGUGCCCAAAUACUGCACGAAUCAAGAGUUUAGAAACUUUAAAUUCGAAAAAAUGGCGAACCGGACAGUGAAAGACGCGAAAUCCAUCAGAGGAACGAAUCCGCAGCACUUGGUCGAAAAGAUCAUUCGGUCCCGAGUGUACGAUUGCCGGUACUGGAAAGAAGAAUGCUUUGCUCUAACGGCCGAAUUGCUCGUGGAUAAGGCCAUCGAGUUGCGUUCGAUCGGAGGCAUUUUCGGCGGCAACAUUCAGCCGACGAAUUUCAUCUGCCUCGUUUUGAAAAUGCUCCAAAUCCAGCCAGAGAAAGACAUCAUCAUUGAAUUCAUUAAAAACGAGGAGUUCAAGUACGUUCGCGCACUCGGGGCUUACUACAUGCGAUUGACUGGUGCGUCUCAGGACGUUUACAAAUAUUUGGAGCCUUUGCUGAACGACUACCGUAAACUGAGGAUGAUGAACAGAGAAGGCAAUUACGUCCUCCUCACAGUGGAUGAGUUUAUCGACAACUUGCUGAGAGAGGAACGAUUUCUGGAUGUCAUUUUACCAAGAAUUCAAAAACGACAUGUUCUUGAAGAAAACAAUGAACUUGACCCACGAGUUUGCGUGUUGGACGAGGAUUUGGAGGCGAGCGACUCGAGUGACGAAGAGGAAAAGCCGAAAAAGGCCAGCAGGGAGGUCGAACCUUCGAGGAGACGUUCUCGGUCAAGGUCAAGAUCACCGAGGCCAAAGAAAGAUAGGGAUUCAGAUAGGACAGACAGACGACGCAGAGAAAAAGACAGAGAGCGAGAAAGAGAUCGAGACCGCGAAAAGAGGAGACGGAGUCCCGAAAGGAGCAAACGGAGAUCCAGGUCAAGGUCAACGUCUCCUUCUGGGCGGCACCGAGGCCAGAGGGAAAUUGAUUAUCGCAGGAAAAGUGACAAGUCGAAGCGAGACAAGGAGAGGGAUCGCGACAAGGACAGAGAUCGCAAGCACCGAGGAGACAGUCGCAAGGACAAGGACAACAACACCGACCAAGAGGUGGCAGAGGCCAAUGCCCUCAGGGCCAGACUGGGGCUGCCGCCACUCAAAUGAAUGUUCUUACUUUCUCGCGUUUGUUUUAAUUUAAUGAUUAAUCUAAUAAAAAAAGUCGC